AUGUUAUCCCAACAACUUGCUGACAAAAAUUCUGCAAUUCUUGUACUUCAAAAUGACAUACUGGUUUUACAGGAAAAGUUAGAAGAUAUUCAGCAAGUAACACAAAACACCAAAAAUGAAAAAUGCUACUCAGCAGAUAUCAGAACACUUAUAUAUGACAUGCUUGUGUGCCAAGUUCCUACACAUAGUGUGCCAUCUCUGCUCCAUAAAAUUGGAGAACAUACUGGCUAUCAAUUUAGUCAAAUUCCACAUCGGACAACUGUAGAACAAAUGAUGCGUGAGCUUGGUGUUCUUUCAGACUUACAGACUGCUGAGAUAGCAUUUACAACGAAAGAUCUGACACUUGGUUUUGAUGCAACAACCCAGGAGGGUGUUCAUGUAAAUGCUGUGCACUUAACAACCGAAUCAGUAUGUAUGGUUGUAGCUAUUGAUCAACUUCCUAGAGGUACAGCUUAUGACUAUCAGAGUCAUAUUACAAAAUCUGUUGAUAAUCUUGCUAAGUUAUAUAGUGACUUCUAUAAGCUUAAAUACACUGAUGUAAGAAGCACUAUUAUCGGGAACAUAACAAAUACCAUGAGUGAUAGAGUUGCAACAAACCAUGCAACAGUCUCAAAGUUAAACCUAGUUUGGCAGAAAUCAUUAAAUGAACUUAACUGUCACCUUCACCCCUUGGAUACAAUGACAAGCUCUUGCAAGUCUUCACUUAAAGCAUUAAAGACUUCAAAAGGGAAACUUUUUGGAAGAGACUGCAUAGCAGCAAACAUUGUUGUACAGCUGAACAAACUUCGUUACAAGGAUGCUAAAGGCGAUCUAAAGGGUUUUGUAACCUUUUUGGACCAACAUGAGUUGCCCAGAGGAUUGCUACCACACUAUAGAGGGAACAGACUACAUAUACUUUUUCACACAUGUGGUAUUUUCAUCCAUCAUUAUGCCAUAUUGAAGAUAUUUCUGUGUUCUGGCUUGGCGUUAUGUGGAGGUCUGCGAAAUAGUUUGUUUCAAGACUUUACAUCUGAAAUAGGUAUCCGUGAGUUGUGUGUUUUAGCUUUAAUUGGAAAGCUACUUUCUGGCCCUUGGAUGACAAAAUUUUAUAUUGCACCAGGUACAGGACUUGACUACAUAUCUGGCAUUCAGGUAGUAAAAGAUGUUAGGAACACUCUUAUUGAGAGCAGCAAGAAUCCCUUAUCUCUACUUAAACGAAAAACUGAUUUCUUUGGUAAUGAUAUUAAAGAUGUUGUUUUUGAUUCAAUAAUCAGCUUUUGCCCAGUAACUAAUGAAAUGAGUAAAGCAUUAGGUGACUGUCUUAAUGCUGUUAUUAGCGUCAUUGACAGGCAGUACAAGCGUCAGUUCGAAAUGAGUUCCAAUGAUCUUCUUAAAGACCAGACUAAGUCAGCUAGGCUUCACAACAUUGAUUCAGAAGAACUUAUGGGUAUGUUUAGCGCUGCAAAGCACAAAGCUCCUAAUGCUACUCUUUGUUUUCUUUCUUCGAAACUUCGUGCUUGCAAAAAUAAAACAACUGCUCUGCUUUGUAAAAAACCAACUGAUAUUCAAAACAAGUUGAUAUUAUGGGCUAUCUCUAAUGCCAGGAAAAAUCGAUUUACAAGUAUGCAAUGUCAUAAUGAACUGAAGUUAGAACUGCUAAAACGAAUGGCAGAUAAAAUUCAGAAAAGGGAGGACAAAGACCGCAGAAAGGUAGAAAAAAUAUUUAAAAGUUGCAUGCCCGAUCAGGUAAAAGAAAUGUUUCCUGACCUAGAAAAUAACGAGGCCUCAGAUAUUGAAGAAAUUCUUAUUGGAGCUGCUAUUGGAAGAAGUAUUUGCCACAUGUGGUUCGAUAAUGCCAAUAACACCCAUGAGGUAUAUUACGGCAGAAUUGUUAGCAUUAAAAAGAAGAACAAUGAUAUAUAUAUAGUUUCUUAUUGGAAACCAAAUGAAAAUGAAGAUGAUGACGGUGUUAAGUAUGAUAUGAGCAAAUAUCAACUUUCUGCAGACAUAAUAAGCGGUGAUAUGGUGAUAACAUAACAGAAUUGUGUAAUAAUAAGGUAGUCGGGUAGUUACCGACAUCCAACAACCAGGGUUGACCUGGUUGCAACGUGCUAUGGGAAACCAAAGCUGAUUUACUUUUUGACAUAAGCAAAUUGCUUGGCUUAUGACAAUUAAUGUUUAUCAUUGAUGUUUAUCAUUAUCAAUGAUGGCAAUGCAUUUUUCUAUCAAGUAUAACAGAGUUUCGCUUGCGUGGAUUGAGAGAUGUUAAACAGUAUUGAAGGGUCUGCUAUCGAUUUUUUUGUUUGGUAAUGGGAAGUUUGUUGUGUAUCAGGAGUUAAGUGAUUUUGAAUUUUUUAACUUAAUAAAUCAUUCUUAUAUUUAGUAAUCUCUAAUGGUUUUUUUAGUUAUGGUGCUAAAUAUCUAAUGCAUUUUCAUUUAUUUUUUAUUGCAAGGUUUUAACAAUAAUGGCAAUUUGCUACUGUGGAUAUUUAUGUUAAAGACCUCAAGAUUAUAUUUAUUGAUUCAGUAAUUACAGUUAAAUGUUAAACAACAUGAUGAAAACUACAUGGUUGCUUCAGUGGAUGUUGAUCUUUUUCAUAUCAAGAUUAAACCGAUAUCAUUGGAUGUGGUUUCCUUUGCGUACUAAAGAAUCGACUUUUUCUAUCUAUGGAUGUCACAGUUUUGUUUGCUUCAAAAUCUAGGCUUUUUUCAAAGCCACAAUUCUGUUAAAAACAUUACUGAGCAAAAAAAAAAUUUUUUUGUUAAA